AUGGAUACAACACUUCAUCAUUUUUCGCUUUUUGUCGAUGAAACGGGUACAGAACGAAUGCUUGCACUGGGAAGUUCCGGUGAUUCCUCGCAACAAACAGUUUAUACUGCCCCAUUAACACGUUCACCACUGAUCAAUUCAGCAUCCACAUUGUGCCUCUCCACUUACUUGGAUACUAAACCAACUGAGAGUACUGCCCCUCCUGCAGAAUUAGCUGCACUGUGCGAAAGGCAACGGACAACAGUUUCAUCCGGUAUAUCGUUUUAUCAGUUCCAUCCCAGUUCAUCAACAUUGCUUUACUCGGAUUCAACCAGUUUGUUCCUUCUUCAGGCACUGUUUCUUUUUUUCAAUUCUUAUUUUACUACUUCAAAUAGCUGUUAUAGGAAGGGUGAAAAAACGCAAGAAGUAGGCAGUAGUGUUAAUGGUUGUCCAUUGCAUGCGCAACUUUGUCCGGUGGAUAGCAGCAUGGUAGCAUUUGUGGCUAAUUCUAAUGUACAUAUUGACUGGAGGGGUGAAUUGAUCUUUUCGACGGUAUCCGAAGAUAACAUAACUAAUGGUUGCUGUUCGUUUGUUGUGCAAGAGGAGUUGGACCGAUUUGUGGGAAUGUGGUGGUCUCCGGGCCCGCGAAAAAUGCUCCUGUACGAGCGUGUUGAUGAAACACAGGUCACCAGUUUGCAGCUCACCAUCCCCGGAUGCGCACCCACUCCACCGAUGAAAUAUCCGAUCGCCGGUACAGCUAACGCCAUCUCCACGCUACGCUUAAUUCACAUCGACGAAAACACGGUCACUGAUACGGGGCUGUUGACAGAGCUUAAAUCUGUGUAUCCA